AUGCCAAAUAUGGCAGUAGAUGAACCUCAUAAGGCUGCCAAUAAUCCAUCCCAAAAGCAGAAUAAGGGCAAUGGAAAGAAAAACGACAAGAAAUCUGCUGAUGGAGGUGACAAAACGGCGCCAAAGUCUUUUCGUCGUUCCAAAGCCAGAAACAAUAAUAGACGUAGAGAUCGUGGAACCAAAAGAGGUCCUCCAGGUGUUAAAUUGAUUCUGAGAUUGUUGCCACCUACUUUGACAAAAGAUCAAUUUCUAGAAACUUUGAAGCCUGUUGUCGGUGAUCUUUCUUCAUGGCAAUUAUUACGUUGGUACUAUGUGCAAGGAUACUAUACUUCCAAAAUAUUUGCUGAACCUGUUUACUCAAGAUGUUAUUUCAUCUUCUCUAACAUGGACCAACUCAAGCAUUUUGCUCAAUUGGUGGAACCCUUGACCUUCGUUGAUGACAAGGAUAAUUCUGCUAAGGCGGUACUUAAACUUUCUAGCUACUGUGAAAGUUAUGAUGAUGAUAAUAGGAAACCAAGUCGUAGCAGUGAAGCAUUAGAGGGCAGUUUGGAUCAGGACAUUUUCUUUCAAACGUUCAUGAAUUCUAUGAAAUUAAUGGAACAAUCAUCAGAAUACUCAUAUGCAGACGUCAACCUUUUGAAGCCGUUGGAAAAGGAGAUGAAUAAGCAGAGGGAAUUGGAAUUGGCAAUCCAAAAAAGGUCUGAGUCUGCACUAGUAGCAUUAGCUGGUGACAAUAAACCCAAGAAAUCUAAGAAGAAGAAGAAGAAGUCACAGCAGAAGGAAGUUAAAGAACCGAAACCUAAGAAGAAUAAAACCAAGAAAUCCAAAUCUGGUGCUCAAGCAGGUGGCAAAGGAUCUACAACAGCACCUGCAUCAGAUGGUAAAUCUGGUGAUAACUCCAAUGUAGUUAUUCUCGAGGCAGCAGGUAAAAAAGAAUUGCAAAGAAGAAAGAAAGUACAAGACACUGAUGGUAAACCCACCGAAAAGUCUAAAUCUAGUGCGAAGAAGAAUUCUAAAAAACCUGUUAAAUUAUUGAAAAAGGAGCCGCAGGAAUGA